AUGGAUGUGCUUCAAUCCUACCUCCCUCAAUCAGAGGGUCUGCUACCCAAAUGGCUUCUGAUCGUCUCUCUGAUCUCCAUCGGAAACAGUAUCCAAUGCUACUCCACGCUGUCCUUCACCUCGCGCGUCUACAACCCUACUCCAAUUGACCCACCACCUACUACGCCAAAACACGUAACCGCUCUCUCUUCACGCACAUUUGGGACAUGGACCUUUUUGACGGGCGUGGUACGUUUCUACGCUGCCUACAACAUCAACAACCCUAGUUUCUACCAAUUGGCUAUCGCCACUUAUGCCGUAGCAUGGGGACACUUCAUGAGUGAAUGGUUCGUGUUCGGGACGACAAGAUGGGGAAAGCCGUUGGCUGGACCGGUGAUGGUAGCGACUUCAAGUCUGAUCUGGAUGUUCAUGCAGUGGAAUUUCUACGUAAAGGCUUAG